AUGCUUAUUCCCACUACUCUGUCGGUGCUGCUUCUUGGGGCGGGCGCAGUUGCGCAGUUAACUACCAAAUUAUUCGUAACUUGUGUUACUAAACAAGGUUCCAUAUCGACUUCGCCGCUUAAGACUGCGUCUGCGGUUAUUACUAUUCCUUGCGACAGUCUCUACGACUACGACCCUCCUGUCCACGACGACUCUACAGCAAGAAACAGACACCUUUACGACGAUCUUACAGCAAUCUCUACUAUCGCCCAAACGACUACAACCUUGACAGUCUCUAUAACGGUAACAGACACUGCCACUGUCGCUGCUCUACAAGCUACGUUCUACGCUGCGUACAGCAAUAAUAAUAUUAUUACUAGUAUUAACGGCUAG